GACGACGAAAUCUCCAAGAGUGCAUGUGUGUGUGUGUUCAGUGACUAAUUGUCUCCUUGCUCUGAAGGCCAAGUCCAGAACAAUCAUUCACAGCAAAUUAACUUUCUUUAUUCGUCUACAACUGCAGCAGCAAUAGCAGAAGUUUCACAGAUGGGGAGCGGAGCGAGUGCAGAAGACAAGGAAUCAGCCAAAAGGUCAAAACAACUGGAAAAGAAACUGCAGGAAGAUGCGGAGAAGGAGGCCAGGACUGUAAAGCUUUUGCUUCUCGGUGCUGGAGAAUCAGGAAAAAGCACUAUCGUCAAACAAAUGAAAAUCAUUCAUCAGGAUGGUUAUACCAAGGAAGAAUGUUUAGCCUUUAUUUCCAUUAUCAAUGGCAACAUUCUGCAGUCUAUCCUGGCUAUCAUUCGUGCCAUGUCGACCAUUGGAAUCGAUUAUGGGGACUCUGCAAAUGUGGAAGCUGGGAGGCAGCUCUUUAAUCUUGCAGAUUCUGUUGAAGAGGGAACCAUGCCCAAGGAACUGGUGGAUGUUGUAAAGAAGCUGUGGACGGACUCUGGAGUUCAGGCCUGUUUCGAGAGGGCAGCUGAGUAUCAGCUCAAUGACUCGGCCUCGUACUACUUGGAUAAUUUGGAGAGAAUCACUGCCGCUGGCUACGUUCCAAACGAGCAAGAUGUUUUGAGAUCAAGAGUUAAGACCACGGGUAUUAUUGAAGAACAAUUCUCCUGUCAGGACCUGCACUUCAGAAUGUUCGAUGUUGGUGGACAAAGGUCAGAGAGGAAGAAGUGGAUCCACUGUUUUGAAGGAGUUACCUGCAUUAUUUUCUGUGGUGCUCUCAGUGCAUAUGACAUGGUGCUGGUUGAGGAUGAUGAAGUGAACCGAAUGCAUGAGAGUCUCCAUCUCUUCAACAGUAUUUGCAACCACAGAUACUUUGCAGCUACCUCCAUUGUGCUGUUUCUGAAUAAGAAGGAUCUUUUUGAGGAAAAAAUCAAAAAAGUUCAUUUGAGCAUCUGUUUCCCGGAUUAUGACGGUUCCAACACAUAUGAAGAUGCUGGCAAUUACAUCAAGAACCAAUUCCUGGAUCUCAACAUGCGAAAAGAUGUCAAGGAGAUCUAUGCACACAUGACAUGUGCUACCGACACACAAAAUGUCAAGUUUGUAUUUGAUGCUGUGAAAGACAUUAUCAUUAAAGAAAAUCUCAAAGACUGUGGUCUUUUCUGAACAUUUUGGCUUCAGUAUGUAUCAGGCCCUUCCGGCUCUGGCCUUUCCAGCUUUUGCUGGAAGUGUGCUCCAUUUCCAAGGUUGAAUCUACGUGACCAGCUUCUCCAAACCCAUCUUUAAUUGACCUCAUUGCUCUCACCAGCAAGACAUGCAGAAAAAUAGGUGUGGUAUAAUGUGUCAUACAUACAGAAUUGUUUUUCAGGUCUCAAACACUUCAUUAAUAAAAGCAGCACUAAAUCAAGAGGGGUAGUUGACCUAAACCAAUCUUCCAAUAUUUGUGAUUGAGGACAAUCUUGUGAUGUUUUACUUCAAAAAUGCAUCACUUUAUUGUUUAAAAAUUAAAGUUGAAACAUUUUGUCAAACAAUGCAAGUGUGAAACAAGCUUCCAUUUCUAAAACAAAAAUAGUUGAUCUAAUCUAACAGCAGGUAUAAGUAGUUUGGUAUAUUUAUAUUUCAGUUUUAAAUUUUUGUGUAUGAGCUAAUUUCAUUGACAUUACAACCACUAGCUUCAUUCCAGCUGGCAUGGUACACAAUAGCAGGUACAGGCUAGCUGCUGUUGGGCACCCUAGCAUCAUUGUACCUAACACUGCUUUGACACAGAACACUUUAUAUUUUACUGAAUUAAUGAUUUGAUUUGUUUCCUACUUCUGGCACAUUAAAUGUGGAUCAGCAAUGCAUUGGAUGUUCUGCACAUGGCUUGAUAUUUGCCUUCUCCCUCUACAACCUGUCCUAAGUCAAAAACAGUUUCCUUAUUGUCUUUCAGUUGUAAUUUCAAAUCUGAUCUUAAUUCUGAACUUUAUUUUUAAUUCCCAGAA